AUGGCCGUGCUCAACUCCAACCCGGAGAUUCUCCUUCGCAAGCGGAAGGACAAGGACCGCAAGCGGCUCCAAAAACAAGAAGAAGCCCGUGAAAAGCAGCUCGCCCAACAAAGACGCAAGAAGAAGGCCGCCGCUAACAAGUUUGUGCGGGCUGAAACCCUUAUCUCGAACUACCGACUGAACGAGUUGGAAAACAAGCGGGUGAACAAUUUGGCUCAAAAGCACGCCAUCAACUCUGACUUGCCCGAUGAUUCUCCUUACCGUCUCCUCUUUGUCGUGCGUGUCCCCAACCACACCAAGGGGCUCACUAUCCCCACCAAGGCUCGCCAGGUUUUGCAGGUGCUCAAGUUGACUGAAGUCGACACCGGGGUGUUUGUCAAGGCCAACGACCUGACGAUGGAAUUAUUGAGCCUUAUCGCCCCCUAUAUCGUCAUUGGCAAGCCCUCUCACGCGCUGGUGCGUAAGUUGUUCCAAAAGCGGGCUCGUUACGUCAACGACGAAGGCGAAACCGUUAAGCUCGACAAUAACCAAGUGGUUGAAGACAAGUUUGAAGACAGCUUGGGGCUUGUGUGUAUUGAAGACGUCAUCCACGAGUUGACGCUGUUGUCUCCUCACUUCACUGCCAUCACCUCGUGGAUAUUGCCGUUCAAGUUGAACGCCCCUGUCAACGGGUGGGGCCCCCAGGCCAAACUUGCCAAGUUGGUUUACUCGGAAUCGACCAAGCGGGCCAUCUCGAUGUCGCGGGACUUCCGGUUGAAAGAAGUUGAAGACAUCGACGCAAUUAUCGAACAACAAAACUAG